AUGCCCGCUGCAACGAAUGAGGACGCUAUGCAACGCCUAAGUCGAAUAGAGGCUCUCUUGGAACACCAGGGCGAGCUGUUGCAACGCCUUCUCGACCGUGAGACCAACAACUCGUCCACGGCUCUUGCUCAUGACACUGCCGUCAAGCCACCCGAUCCACUCCUGGUACCUCCAGUCCCUGUGUCUGCGACCAGUACGAGUGACCUCGACUCCAGUAAGACGCUCGGCUCGUCGACAACCUCGCCACUGCACCUGUUUCCAUGGCGAGUUGAUGGAUACCCAUCGCCAGGCGCCGGUACGUCCGACGACCAGCAACAGCAAGCCGUCCACGACGCGAGAGCAAGCAACACCACCGCUCCUGCGCCAACGUUUAGUUUUUCCAAUGAUCUUUAUUCGUUCCUCUCCAGCACCAACUCCUUUGUGACCGACGACAAUGCACCGAUUUCCAGUUUCAACAGUUUGCCGUCUAUCGAGUAG